UCCGUCGCCCGGCCGGAGCGGGAGCCGGAGCGGAGCCCGGGCCAGAGACGGCGGAAUGGAGCCCCAGCGCGCGCCCGCGCUGCGCCGCCUGCUUCCGCCGUUGCUGCUCUUACUGCUGCCACUGCCCCCCCGCGCCCGGGCCAAGUAUGUGCGGGGCAACCUCAGCUCCAAGGAGGACUGGGUGUUCUUGACAAGAUUUUGUUUCCUCUCGGAUUAUGGCCGGCUGGACUUCCGUUUCCGCUAUCCUGAGGCCAAGUGCUGUCAGAACAUCCUCCUCUAUUUUGAUGAUCCAUCCCAAUGGCCAGCAGUGUACAAGGCAGGGGACAAGGACUGCCUGGCCAAGGAAUCAGUGAUCAGGCCGGAGAACAACCAAGUCAUCAAUCUCACCACCCAGUAUGCCUGGUCAGGCUGUCAGGUGGUGUCAGAAGAGGGAACCCGCUACCUGAGUUGCUCCAGUGGCCGCAGCUUCCGCUCUGUGCGUGAAAGGACCCUCCUUAGGCCUCCACACUCCCUACAGGGAGAUGGGCUGCAGCUGGAGUAUGAGAUGGUCCUCACCAAUGGCAAGUCAUUCUGGACAAGACACUUCUCUGCUGAUGAGUUUGGGAUCCUGGAGACAGAUGUGACCUUCCUUCUCAUCUUCAUCCUCAUCUUCUUCCUCUCCUGUUACUUUGGAUAUUUGCUGAAAGGUCGUCAGUUGCUUCACACAACUUAUAAAAUGUUCAUGGCUGCAGCAGGAGUGGAGGUCCUGAGCCUCCUGUUUUUUUGCAUCUACUGGGGCCAGUAUGCCACCGAUGGCAUUGGCAAUGAGAGCGUGAAGAUCCUGGCCAAGCUGCUCUUCUCCUCCAGCUUCCUCAUUUUCCUGCUCAUGCUCAUCCUUCUGGGGAAGGGAUUCACGGUGACACGGGGCCGCAUCAGCCAUUCGGGCUCUGUGAAGUUGUCUGUGUACAUGACCCUGUACACCCUCACCCACGUGGUGCUGCUUAUCUACGAGGCUGAAUUCUUUGACCCAGGUCAGGUACUGUACACAUAUGAGUCUCCGGCUGGCUACGGACUCAUCGGGCUGCAGGUGGCAGCCUACGUGUGGUUCUGCUACGCUGUGCUCAUCUCCCUGCGCCACUUUCCUGAGAAGCAGCCCUUUUACGUGCCCUUCUUUGCUGCCUACACCCUCUGGUUCUUUGCAGUUCCUGUCAUGGCCCUGAUUGCCAAUUUUGGGAUCCCCAAGUGGGCCCGGGAGAAGAUUGUCAAUGGCAUCCAGCUGGGAAUCCACCUGUAUGCCCAUGGAGUGUUCCUGAUCAUGACUCGCCCAUCGGCGGCCAACAAGAACUUCCCAUACCACGUGCGCACGUCGCAGAUCGCCUCCGCAGGUGCUCCGGGCACCGGAGGGAGCCAAUCCACAGACAAGGCCUUUCCGCAGCACGUCUAUGGGAAUGUGACCUUCAUUAGCGACUCGGUGCCCAACUUCACGGAGCUCUUCUCCAUCCCCCCGCCCACCUCUUCCGCCGGGAAGCAGGUGGAGGAGACAGCGGUAGCGGCGGCGGUGGCCCCGAGGGGCCGUGUGGUGACCAUGGCCGAGCCGGGCGCAGCCUCCCCGCCCCCUCCCGCUCGGUUCCCCAAGGCUGCCGACCUGGGCUGGGAUGGCCCGACGCCGCCCUACCAGCCGCUCGUGCCCCAGACGGCGGCGCCACACACCGGCUUCACCGAAUACUUCAGCAUGCACACGGCCGGGGGCUCCGCACCCCCGGUCUGAGCAUCCCUGGCCACCCCUGUCCCAUGGACCGCCCACCGGGCCCCGGCUGGGCUCCGGACCCCAAGCUUUGUCCCGUUCCCAGGGCUCGACCAACCCCAGCCCUCCCAACUCUUCCCACCCCGCGCGCCCAGGUCGGGUGCGCUGCGUCCCGCCCCCCCUUUUUCUCUCGUGCCAAACGGUCCCGCGGGAGCCGCUCUCCCCGUCCCCUCCCUCAGCCCCUGCCCCGAACGGCGCCGGAUUCUGGGCUCCCGCUGUUCCGUGAUCUCCGACCCCCUGAUCCCCUCCGAGACCUCUGACCCCACCGGACUCCGGAAAACCCACGAUGACCGCCGGGACCCAGAUCGUGACUCCAGGAUUCCACGACCCCGAGCCAUUACUCCCGGGACGGAUACUGUGAAGCUGGUCUCGACUCUAACCCUCCCUCGGAUCUGUGACCUUGGACCCGUGCUCUCUGCCCCUCUCUGCAUUCCGGGGGCCUUCCCUCGGUCCCUGGCAGAAACAUUACCCCUGCCUUCUUGCCAAAAUAAAAAGGGAUUUGUUUUUAU